UUUACAUAUAGUGUGUGCCUUCCCGUAUGUGAUGGCUUUCACUGCGGACACGAUAGAAAUACGGCUGAUAGUGAACGGCAACCUUGUCCACACCAUGACCAUGCCCGACCUCACACUCAUCUGCGCCAAGUGUGACAUUUACUUCGCGUCCUCGGCAUUUCCUCCACCGUCACCAAAGGAGCGGCUGAGCGCCGCCGACACUCCCGACUCUUGCUCAACCUCAACGCCUCCACCCUCCCCUUCCUUCAAGAUGCCACCCUCGCCUAACUCAAAGUCCCAGUUUCCGACACGGUUCAUCUACAAGAUUCCCAUUUCCUGUUUGACUGGUCACGUGGUUCCGGAGAGGGCGGUGGCUUCUCAGGCAUCCGUCCAAAUGACCACGCUCCUGGCGCCGGUCAUGACUUCCGGUGCCACUUCCCCAGGAUUGUUAAGGCGGAGCCCAUUGCUGCGCUCCAAGAACCUGCAUGGCGUUCCAGUUGAACAACCGGAAAACGAGCGCCACGAUUCCUCCAGUUCUGACUCCGGCAUCACGAUGCUGCGGAACAACGACCUAUCCCCUCCCGAGAGUCCCAAUGUCGCUUCCGGUGGAGUUUUCCACGACUCAACAGUCUAGAAGAGCCGUGUUUCAGACAUAUGUCUUUAGCCAGUCACAAAAACACCACAGGCGCAAUGUUUUGAAAGACGUCUGCUGAUGCUUAAGUUACUGCCAUGUUCAACCGAAAAAGUUGGCUACGUCUGGCUUGCUUAUUGCAGGGGCGGCUCCAGGAUUUGACGCAAGAGGGGUCGUAACUUAUGCGCGUAACCUUUUGACAUGCGCCCCUCCCUCCGAACCGAAUUUUAUUUGGUUUAAAAUGUGGGUAGCGGGGGGAGGGGGUUGGGGUACUCACCCAAGACUUUUCUAGUCCGAAAUGCUGCAGUUUGGGCGUAUUUAAUUACUUCUUUCUCCUAUACAGAAAUAAAAAGUAAAAUUUGGACAAUUUAAGGGAAGCGCGCGCCGGUUGCACCCCACCCCCCUGGAUCCGCUAGUGGAUUGGUCACUGUUUAUAGCAGCAUUCUCCGUUCUGGACAGUAUAUGUGUUUUAUUUUUACCAAUAUAAAGAUAAAAAGCAGGACGACAAAGACCUUGAAAGCUUUUUAUUACCCUACUCCCCUACUACCUGAUCACAAAAAAUGCAAACAAAAAUGAUGUAAAGUAAAUACGUUGUUGACAAAAUACGCCAAAAUUUCAUAUUGUGUUUAUAUAUUAAAGUUACUCGCUAAUGGUUUGUAAAAUGCACUUUUUUAAAUUCCAAAAUAAAGUGUGGCAAAUCAUAAGGAGCGUUGAAACAUAUCAUCAAAAGCUGGAACCCUUCGGCAAACGUUGAUAUCUGUUCAAAUAUCGUCUUUGAAUACCACAAUGUUCAUUAGCGUUAGUAACGCGAUUGAAAAUUAAUUACGGUUGUGGUGUUGGGUGAUUGGUUGAUUGGCAUUAUCACGUGAUGUUAUCAAUGUAUCCUUUACAGGUCAACAUAUCCACCACCUUUCUUAUAAACCAUGAGCGAGUCACUUUAAAUAGAACCCUCUUGUUUUAACCUUCUCCAGAUGUGUAAUGGGCCUAGAGUUCAUGUGUUCGAAUCAUUCUGUCGGCGAAAUAUCUUUCUAUUUUCUUUCUCUAUUUUAUCAUUUUUUUUCUGAUUAUUUGUUUUAUCAUCAUAUUUAUGAAAUUAAUUUCAUGUCACAUUGUUAUGUUUUUUCGAAACAUUUAGAAUUGUUUUAUAGUUGAUUACGUAAAAAAUAUCUAACGUUUGACGUCUUUAACAGCUAUACAGACUGGGGUCAUUGUCCAAAAUGUAUAGCGUCCUUUUUCAUGGCGAAUUUCAUCCAACGUGCAUUUCAUACAUGGCGGCGCAUUUACGGACUAACUGCAUCGCGUAUGAAUACGUAAUUUACACAAACGCUAUCUUCAAAGAUCCUUUCAUAUAUAUGUAAAAACUUUCCAUAAAAAUAAAAUCACAGCCUCAUUUAGAUAUUCAGAUGACGGUGUUCUAAAUGAUUGUUCUUGCCAGGUAACAACAAUAUACUAAUAUUUUUUUUGUGGAUUUUAUUUGAUAUACAAUUUCCCUGCCAAUUUGUUUAAUUUUUGUAAAGAUAUUUGCUGAUAUUUUUGUGGUGUACGACCAAUGCCAAAGUAACCAUAUGUGCAACAAACGAAUCAGUGAAACUGAAUGGUUGGUAACUGAUUAUGUCCAUUUUGUCAUGCCAAAAUCACCUUGUCAUUCAUUCCAUUUGUUUUGCUGUUUUGUUACACAUUCAUUGUAUUGAAAUGUAUUGUUUAUCCCUCUUGCUGGUGAUUUUGAUGUUUGUUGUUGACAUUUGAAGUUUGUUUUCAGUAAUCUUGUUAAGGAAUGUAUUUGCAAAUACAUGGUGGUAUUCAAUAUUUGUCUUUAAUUGGAUCUAGAACGAUGAAGCUAAUCGGAUUGCGUUAUAUAAAUAACGAACAGAAACAGUUAAUGAAGUGAAUGAUGAAUGACCAUACGAUUGACUUAAGUUUCAUGUUGAAUCCCACCCAUGGAUAAGUUUUUAAAGUGUGAUGUUCUUAGAAGAACGAGCGGGUACGCUAAUAUGGUAGUCCGGCGGCGGAGGUGUUAAACCAUGCAUCACGGUGUAUACAAAUGGGUUUUUUGCUUAGUUUGACAGCAUUGAUUCUCUAUUUCAAGAAUAAGAAUGAUGGCACAAUACACCCUUUUUGCAACUCAAAACAUUCAGGAUGGCACACGAUAUGUUAAAUAUUUGUAAACAAAAUAUAAUGCACAAUCAUUUUAGAAACACCGCGAUACAAGGUCUGGGUAGUAAACUACAUUUGGCUGCCGGACAAUUUGGAAUUCAAGCAAUUGUUUCUUUGGAAACUUAUGUUUCAUAAAACUGGAAUUCCUGAUUACUAAUUUUGUUUCAAGUUUAUAUCAUGUUGGUUUUUUUACAGCAGGAUUUCGGCCUAAACAUUUAAUAUAAUUAAACGCACGGCAUUCUCCUAACCUCCCAAAAUGAUACGACUGUUAAGGUCGUCUGUGUUGUUUUUUUUCUAAACAAAAACUCGGGGCAUUUUGAUCGCCUUAGUGUCGUUUUACACACUUUUAACCUUGACCAUUACUGAAAAGGUUAAAGAUAUUGAACUGAAACUUGGUGUCAAUAUUCUCAAAGUAAAUACGCACAUGAACAGCAAAACCAACAGCUCUGGCUUUUAAGGUUCAAUAGUUAUGUCCCUUGUUAGAAUGAAAGAAAAAUAAUAACAGACGAACGUUGGCGUUGUGUCCGCGGUGCUCUUGUUACUUUAAGUACAUGUUUGCGAACGAUUAAUAAACUAUAGAUAUUCACUUUUGAUACACAUGCAAUUAUGAAGAAUAUUUGAACUGUAUAAAUCUGUGCACAUGACAUACAAUUGCAACUGAACGGUUUGUUUCAACGUUAACAUCCCGGAUACAUGGGCCAUCUUAUCAUUACGCGCAUUCUCCAAUCGAUCUUUUUUUUUAAAGUUAAAGUUCUAUACUAAAAUUAUCGGUUUAGUCAGAGUUGAUUAAGGGUGGUAUUCAAUAUAGGUCAAAAUUGGAUCUAAGAACGGUGUAGCAAAUCGGAUUGUGUGAUAUGAAUAACGGAGCUAAACAGUGAAUGGAAUCAAUGAUGUAUGAACAUAAGAAUGAAUUAAGCUGCGUAUUGAAAACCACCCUUGAUUAUGCAAGUAAAAGGUUCAUUUUUAAUUUAAUAUGUGAAGCAUACUUGAUAUUUAACCGACAUUUGUGUGCCUACGGAUUUGUGUACGGUGUAACCAUGUAUUAGCACAAAGUAGAUUUCUAUGUAUAAGCACCUAUCCCUUAUUUCACGAUCAAUUUUACGUCUUUUAUAACAGAAUCCAGGGCUGGUAUUCAAUAUUUGUUUUACUUGGAAUUACGAACGAUGUAGCUAAUCGGAUUACUUGUUAUGAAUAACAGACACUGUGAAUGAAGAUUGAUUUAAAUUGAAAUAUUGUAUACCAUGGUCACUAUUUUUGUUUUGUUAUAUAGUGUGUAUUUAUCUUGUUUUUGAGGAGUCCUGAGACUUUUAUUGAAAAAUGUGUGAUGACGAUCAAAAUAUAUUUUCUUUCAUAAAACCAAGUUUAUGUAAGUAAUUUUCUUAAAUGAAAUAAGAUUCGUAAGCUUGUUUCGAUUAAGAUAUUUCGAGAAGUUGGGCCCUGUUUCCAACUUCCGGUCUAUAAUCCAGGGCCCAUAUUAACUACCGCUUUGAGCCCGAGUUUGAGACUAAACACUCAAUACUGUAAAUAUUUAUUUUCUUGUUGAAAAUUGAUGUACAUUUUUUAUGUCAUGCCUUGAUUUACUAUUAUAUAUAACCCUUUGUUAAAAUGAAUUUUAUGAUUCAUUUUCUGAUUAAAUUAGAAAUUGACAUUUCUGAGAGCGAUCAGUCUCAAAUUCGGACUCAAAACGUUAAAAGUUGAUAUUGGCCAACUGCUCUUUUAAAAAGAUAUGAACUGUUUGUUGGUGUGCCAUAUACUAUAUUUGUUACUAUUGUACGGUAUUUUAUGUUGUUGAUUUUGAUGUAUGUUCAUAUUAUUCAUCAGUGCUUAUUUUAUUAAAAGAAAUACCUAUUUUGAUAUAUGAUCUCUACCAGUGAUAUAAUUCCAGUGAAUGUUCAUUCCACGUUUUAUGAUUCACCAGUUAUGGACAGAGAUAUAACAAUAAAACAUUUCGUAAAGGAAA